AUGAAUCCUCAGCCUCCAGAUCCCAGGGCAGGCAGGAAGCCUUUCCCACCUCUCCGCCGACCGUCCUCUAUCUCCAAAUCCGCGACUCCCCCCACUCCGCCCGAGCUACCUGCCCCACAACGUACCGUCCAGGAGAAAUUCUUUAUCUCGACCACCUACUCCACCACCACGGCCAGAGCUCUGUCAUUCCAAGGACAAGUGCUCAAUGGUGUCACUCCGCUUCAACUGGCUCAAAACGGCUUUCACUACCAACCACAUGCAAGCUUCGGUGGUCUGGCCUGCUGCUUCGCUUGUCAAAAGUUCAAACGCCUAGACAGCUUUCAAUGUGUACCUUUCCAAGAGACACAGCUCCCACACUCGAGAGACUGCUUAUGGCAGGCCAUCUACAAUGACUUGAAACAACAUUCCGAAACUGCCGAUACACUUACCUCCUCAACCAACGCACGCCCGCCGCCUAGAUCAACUCCCCUCCAUCAUGCUUCUUCGAAUAUGCCCACUACUGUAGAGAACGACCCCUACACUCAACCUCCAUACACCAUCACCACCACCCCAGAACCUCAACUACCUCCAACCUCCCACGCUCCGCAGCCCCAUCAAACGAUACCCUCCGUCACUUCCUCACACCAAAACCAACAGAAAACCUAUGCUUCCGUCCUCCGACGUCCCGCCACAUCUAUACCGCUACCGAAUCCCCCAGUACAAAAACCUACUCUCCCCGCCAAUCCCAUACUCACCAUUGACGAUCUUCACCGCCGUUUUCACAAUAAACUGUCACCGUUCCAGGUCGAGAAUAAGUCAAGCCAACGCUCAAUUAAACGAAGUCGGAAAAGUGCAUCUGCCACACAGUCACUGUCUAAAUUCUUAGCUUCUACUUUGCCCGCUUUCUCGCGGUUCCUAACAGAGAUGCAGCCAAAAUCGGAUACUUGUUAUCCGUCUCAUCCGCAAUUCUACUAUAGCCGCGCCAUGAGGGCAGCCUAA